AUGGGACAUCACUCUUGCUGCAGUAAACAGAAGGUCAAAAGAGGGCUUUGGUCACCUGAAGAAGAUGAAAAACUCAUCAACUACAUCACAACUUAUGGACAUGGUUCCUGGAGCUCUGUCCCAAAACAUGCUGGCUUGCAGAGAUGUGGAAAGAGUUGCAGAUUGAGAUGGAUAAACUAUCUAAGACCUGACUUGAAACGUGGAAGUUUCUCUCCUCAAGAAGCAUCCCUAAUUAUAGAACUCCACAGCAUUCUAGGCAAUAGGUGGGCUCAGAUAGCCAAACACCUACCUGGAAGAACAGAUAAUGAGGUGAAAAACUUUUGGAAUUCAAGCAUAAAGAAGAAGCUCUUUUCUCAUGAUAAUGUUGUUCCCUGUUUAGCCACAUUUUCAGACACUCAUCACAGCCACAGAAACAUUGGUUGUUCUAUGGAAAGUCUCUUCCCUUUAAUUGAAAACCCAAAUGAGAUCCUAAACUUUAUUCACCACCCAGAUCACCAGCUAUACCCUCCCACACCAUCCCCAAGCCUACAAUGCUUUGAUCAAAAUGAUAUUAAGUUAGACAUUAACAAUUUCCUUCAUAUUCAGAAUCCAAUACUAGAAACAGUGCUACCAUCCAUUAAUCCAUGCUCCUCUUAUGAAGAUACAUGGUCAUCAUUGGGUUCUGUAUCUCUUCAUCUCAAUCCAAAUCAAGAAAAUCAAAUCACCACCCCACAUUAUAUUGUUGACAAAACCAUCCUCCCUAGUGCAUUUCAUCAAUAUGAAUGUCACUUAACUGUUGUACCAAAAGUAAGUGAGAGCAUUGAAGAUUAUGCUUGUGACAUCCCAGAUUCAGAUGAGGCUCCAGCAAAAAUUCAGUGCUACCAACCAAGUAUUUAUCCAGAAGAUCAAAUUUUGGAAACUAAUCAACUGGAUUACAUUGAUGCCUUCAUGCCAUUGCCAUCCUCAGCAGCAACCUCUUCAUCAGUAUCAAGCAGCCAAAUAGCCACAAAUCCUAUUAUUCCUUUAGAAUGGGAGCCCUGAGCAUUGGUACUAUAUAUAGAUAUAAAUUUAAUUUUAUCUAGUAUUUUAUAAUUUAAUAAUGGGGGAAUCUCUAUCAUGAGCAAUCAGAUCAAUUAAUACUUUCCAUGUAUUUAAUUAUAUGUAUCUUGAACUUGUGGAGAGGAGGUGUGGAUCCCCUAUUAAAUUGUUAAUCUAAACCUUGCUAGUUCAGGCAACCCCAUUAAGUGAUGCUUGCUGGAGUUCAAUAAAUAUAUGUCAUAUGUUUGUCAUCUAAAUGUACAAAUAUAUGACUGUCUUUCUUUUUACUGGUCUUAUUCCUUCAGACAAGUGUUGGGUCAGGUUACAUUUUGGUGAGGUUGUGGCAUGUGUUUCUCGCCUAGUUGAUGUUGCGCUGAAUUUUCUAGCUGGGUGUUGUUUUGGGGUUUGGAAGUUCCUCACAUCACAUGUUUGCCCUCUUUUUUUACUGAAUUGCAUUAGGGAGAUUGGUUGGUUUUGGAUCUAGGUGGGCUAUACCAUUUAGGCGUUUCAAUUCAAUAAGGCUGGGUCAAAAUUUGUUUCAUUAUCAGGAGAGUUGGCCUGCAAGCCAAUCUUUUCCUGUUUUGGAGUGUUUUAAUUAGUAGUAGUUUUUGUAUCUCCAUGCACAUUUUGAGAGAGCUUGAUCUCAAGCUUUUCUAUUAAUAAAACUUUCUAUGUAUAAAUAAAUAUAUGAAUUAUUUAUG